GGGAGCAGAGAGGCUGGCCUAAUGCUGUCCACUCUCCAGAGAACUUUCUAUCAGCGGCCAGCGUGGGAUUCCUUUAGGGAUCUGCAGUUGUGAAGAGCAAACAGGAUUUUAAAAAGUUUUGAAAACAGAAGAGUGUCCGUGUAAAGCUAUAGAUGGUGGGCAGGGGAAAUCCACAACUGCACUCGUCCUGCAGGGACGUGAAAGGGUUAAAAGGCAGAGCACGGAUCGUGUGUCAUCGCGGCAGCUCACUGUAGCCAGGGGACCCAGGGAAAACCAGCACAUUGUACGUGCACGCACUGAGCGAGCGCCAUGGCUGAGUACACCAGAGGGAAUGUUUACCAGGCAGCGUUUGAUCCCAAGGCCUAUCUGGAAUAUUUUAAGUUUGGAGAAGGCUCCGUGGGAGAUGAAUAUCUGAACUUUGCUCUGAAACAUUAUUGUAAAGCCUUCGCUUCAGGUGACAUGAAAGGAGACACCCUGAUUGACAUCGGCAGUGGCCCCACCAUUUACCAGCUCCUGUCCGCCUGCGAGAACUUUAAGGAGAUCGUCGCUUCCGACUACACAGACCGGAACCGCCAGGAACUGGAGAAAUGGCUGAAGAAGGAGCCGGGAGCGUUUGAUUGGACCCCAGUGGUGAAAUACGUCUGUGAGCUGGAAGGAGACAGGUAG